GUCACCGUCUGCUCCUUGGACAGAGGUGAUCACGUACUGCUGGAGCGGGACUCCAACACCAAAAGGGACUGGACUUGUGGUGAGGAAAGGCAUCCUACGGGCCAGGGGUUUUAGUGGCCUUCCAGUGGGAUUCUAUCGUCUUGAGUUAUAUUUUUCUAUUCUUCACCGACUUGCUGCUGGCAGCGCAGGUGUGACUACCAGGGUAGGACUUCUUGAGGAAGCUGUGAACCCAGAGGAACAGGAUUCACUCUGAAGACUCAGAUCCCAUUGACAGGACCCAUUGACACCAGGAGCCACUGACACCAGGAGCCACUGACACCAGGAGCCACUGACACCAGAUCCCACUGACACCAGAUCCCACUGAUCGUACCCAUGGCCAUGUCCCAGCAGGCAGCUGUCUCCAAGCAGCAGGACAACGCCUUCUCCAGCGGGGUCAUGGAGGAGUCUGAGGUCUGCUCUGUGCCUGGGGGGCUCGCCAGCGUAAGGGCACAAUUUGAGAACCAGGAAACUGCAACAUCGCACAAUGUCUCCCAGUUCCACUUCCACCGCAGAGCUGUGCAGGAAGUUCAAUUGAACUCUGAGGUGACAAUGAGGAGCACUUCCAGAGACGUCAUCCCAGCCUCUCAGCAGGCUAUUUUCCACCAGGAUGAACAGGUCACACAUGAGGAAAACAGCUUUACCUCGGUUUAUGACAACAACCAUAAUGAUGAAAGAGAGGAGGAAGGUCCUAGACUUACAACCAAGGAAUUAAGAGAUCACUUUGAGAGAACCAUUGAAGAAGCUGCCCCAAGCAAGCCAAUGAAGAUUGGCCGAGCUGACAUCAAUAGGUCGCAUUGGGCUUCAAAUAUAUCAGAAAAACCAGUCUCAACGAGGGAGAUACAAAAUGUAUCAAGUGCGAUACAGAAUUUCUCCUCAAGUGCGAUACAGAAUUUCUCAUCGAGUGAGAUACAUAAUGUCUCAGCAAGUGAUAUAUGGGACAAUGCUGCUACUGAAGUGAUAGAGGACACAUCUGCUCUUGCAGUUGACUACGAGGACACUGACUAUUUCCCUCCACCACCUCCAGAAGAUUUAGAGUACUUCCCACCUCCACCCCCAGAGUUACUGCAGGUCCCAUCAGAAAGUCCAGAUAUGCCAGUAGAGUGCUACUACUCACCUGAACCCCCGGAAUCAGCUUACCCUUCUAAACGUCCACUCAGUAGACAGGAAUACUUCAGGCAGAGAAACCAGUAUGAGUUGAAACGCCUUUACAAGCAUAUACAUCCUGAGGUGCGUAAAAACUUAGAGAUGUAUAGUGAUGUGGCUGAGUAUGAAAACACCCGACCAGAGAGUCAGGAGGAGUUCACGGGGGAGACAAGGUAUAUAUACGAGGAUAACGGUAGCAGCCCCAACGACUGCAUUAGCCCAGAAGAAGAAUACCUGGAAUGGGAUGAGAUCCUCAGAGGGGAGGUGCAGUCAAUGCGCUGGAUGUUUGAGAACAAACCUCUGGAUGCCAUCAAAGACGACGCCUCAAAUGAGGAUGACGACCAAAACAUGGAACAGGAGAUGAUUGCUGGGAGUGAUGUAAGAAGCAAAGCAUGGAUGUUUGAGACCAAGCCCAUGGAUGCAUUGGGAUCAGACAACAUAGCUUUAACUAAAUAUAGACACAAGUUCAAUACGUUGGACAAAGGAGAUGUCCGUGCUGCAGCCUGGUUGUUUGAAAACCAACCCAUGGAGACCCUGAACAAAAUGCAUGGCGAUGAAGAGCUAACCAAAGAGAUAGUGUUUACCCAGGAAGAUGGCAGCUCUACCAUACACAUGCUUGAAUCUCAGUACAUGGAAACGUUAGGUCACACUGAGACCAUUGAUGACAGUCACCUCCUGAGUCUGAGAUCAGUGCUCGAGGAAAUAAAGGGAGAAGUGAAGACUAUCACAAGCACAUUUGAGACUCAGUUCAUGUGCGUCCUCAUGGGACAGUCAGGCCAGAUGUUGGAGAUAACAUCUAUACGCAAAGUGGAGACUGAGAAGGGGGACACUAAAACAUCUACCUGGCUUUUUGAUACCCAAGCCCUGGACAUGGCUAAUAAACCUGCUGCCCCAGUGAAACUUGUGUGUAGCCUGUCCAUGGAAGACAACUAUAAAGGAGAUGUUCACCGGAGUAGAUGGUUGUUUGAAACAAAGACCUUAGACUCCGUUAAUGAAGAUGAUUGGGAGAGCUCAACGCUGCAAAAGGAAGAGAUAAUUGGAGCCGAUGUGCGAAAACAACGCUUAGCGUUUGAAACUCAGCCAAUGGAUCCUCUGAAAGAUAACACAAAUGCUAGACCCCCGACUAUCGGUGGUAAUGUUAGGUCUGCGAGACACUUCUUUGAAACUAGUCCUGAGGCAGCUUUGACGGACCUCAAUGAGGUAGGGAGCCUCAAAAUGUUGGUGGCAGCUGAAAAACACAAGGAUGAUAAUAGACACCAAAAAUGGAUGUUUGAGAAUGAACGACUAGAGGACAUAAGAGACGAGAAGAAGGGGAUUAUUCGCACUGUGAACCUCGAAAAUCUCACUGAAGAUCAAGCUACAAGCUACAACGCAGAUGUCCGUAAGAAUUGCAUGGUAUUUGAGACCCAGCCAAUGGAUACUUUGAAAGAGGAUUCGAAUGCUAGAGCCCUGUCCAAGGCGGAAAUUGUCAGAGGUAAUGUCAGAUCAGCGAGACAUUACUUUGAAACCACUCCAGCGGACAAUAUAAAAGACCUUGCUGAGGUUGGGAAGCUACAAAAAAUGGUGAGACUCGAUGAAGAGAAGGGGGAUGUGAGACACCAGAAAUGGGUUUUCGAAAGUCAACCCCUGGAGCACAUUCAAGAGGAGAAGAAGGAAGUUAUUCGAACCAUUAACCUGGAGGAAAUAGAUCAAGUGGAUGUCUCAAACUACAAGCAAAUAUUUGAAACCACAGACUUAACCAGAUGGGAUGAAUCUCAAAAGAUACUCGUGGAGGGUGUAACAUGUGGCUCUGUGAAAUCUAACAAACAUCUGUUUGAGUCUACACCAAUGUACGCCAUGCAAGACAGCUCUGGCCAUUACCAUGAGGUAAAAACAGUGCGUCGGGAAGAGGUUGUCAAGGGAGACGUAACAAGCUGCAAAUGGAUGUUUGAAACAUGCCCCAUUGACCAGUUUGAUGAAAGCAUCACUAAUUAUCAAGUUAUUAAGGGAAUAUCCAAAGAAGAAGUUGAGUCUGGUGACGUUAAAACUGCCAAGUGGCUGUUUGAAACACAGCCUCUUGAUGCAAUUAAAUACUUCAGCAAUAUUGAAGACGAGGAAAGUAAAACUAAGGAAAGUGUUGAGAUUGUAAAAGGGGAUGUUAAAACCGGUAAGUGGUUAUUCGAGACUAAACUAAUGAAUGUCCCAUAUGAGAAGGAGGAGUUGAAGAGUGAAAAUGAGAGUGAGGAGAUACGCAAAGGAGAUGUAAAAAUAUGCACAUGGUUGUUUGAGACACAGCCACUUGACACUAUCCGAGAUGAAACAGAAACUGUUCUACAAACAUGCACUGUGAAUCAAGAAGAUGUCCAGGGUAAAGAUGUACGAAUGGCUCGUUUUUUAUUUGAGACGGAGAAUCUUGAGAACAUCACAGGGGAGGACGAGAGCUCUAAGAGGGUUACAGAGAUUGACAUUCAGUCAGGAGAUGUCAAUAGAAUGAAGUAUAUCUUUGAGAAUCAGUCCUCUGAUAUCAUGACCUCAACAUCUGAGGAGUUCAUGCAAAGGCUCAAAGCUACACAAUCAACUACACAAUCAGAGGACAUCCAGAAAGGAAAUGUGGUGAACUGCAAAUGGCUCUUUGAGAACCAGUCCAUAGAUGCCAUACGUGAUAUCCAAGAAGAGACUCUGGACACCCGCACUGUGACUGAUGUACAAGGAGGUAAUGUGGACAAAGGUCGUUUUAUUUUUGAGACGUACUCCUUAGACAAAAUCCAGGAGGUUUCCACAGAGAUUACAAAGUUGCAGAAAAUAACUUGUGAGGAGGAAGAGAAAGGGGAUGUGAGGAACUACACCAUGAUGUUUGAAACUCAGCCUCUUUAUGCCAUUCAAGACAAAGAGGGCCAUUAUCAUGAGGUCACCACUGUCACAAGUGAGGAGAUAUUGAAGGGUGAUGUGAUCGGGUCCCGGUGGUUGUUUGAAACCAAGCCUCUUGAUUCUAUCAGUGAUACAGAUGAGGUCUAUAUCAUCAAAUCUGUCACACAGGAGGAUGUUCAGAAAGGAGAUGUUACUUCAGCCAAGUGGAGAUUUGAAACACAGCCACUUGAUACGAUUGCAGAGGAUAUAAAAAUGUCAGUUAAAACUGUUGAAGAUAUUCAAGGAGGAGAUGUUAGAAUGAAUAAACAGCGUUUUGAAUCUGAUGUGCUGUCACAGAAGUCUGUGCGAACAGUUAAUGUGAGUGAAAUCCAGAAAGGUGAUGUUAGGACAGCAAAAUGGAUGUUCGAAACUCAAACAAUGGAUAAAAUACGUAGCCAGAGCGAAGAGAAUUUAAUAGAAACGGUCAUGAAAGAGGAGGUGUUAAGGGGAGAUGUUAGACAAUCAGUGUGGCUCUUUGAACAGAAUCCCCUUGACCAUAUAAAGGAGAUAGAUGAGGAAGAUACAGUAGUUAUUCAAGAGGAAAUCCCCAAAGCCGAUGUAAAGACAACAACAUGGCUGUUUGAAACAACUCCGUUCCAUGACUUUAAUGAGAACAGUGUUGAGAAGUCGGAAAUCCUGGGAAAAAGUAUCAAAGGCACCCUUGAAGAACUUUAUAGCCAGAAAAUCGUUAAUUCAAAAGGAGUACUCAUUGAAGCAGAUGAAAUUGGGGACGUUAGAAUGGCAAAAUACCAGCUAAUGAAUAAGGAUUCUCCAGAGAUCCAAAGAGAGGAAAUCAUCAGCGGGGAUCUGAGCAACAUUAUGAUGAAUCUUUUGAACCGUCGGGAAAGAAUUGAGAGGGGGGUAGUGGUAGAGUCAGAAGAGAAGGGUAAUAUCAGUACAACAGUGCAUCAACUGUUCAACCAAGAGAGGGGCAUCAGUGUGGAAAAGGAGGAAAUAUUAAGAGGUGACAUCCAGGAAGCUGUAAACAAUCUUCUCAAGGAGGGAGGAUCUGCUAAACGUGGUAUACUCCUUCAAGAGGAUGAGAAGGGAGAUGUGCGAAUGACGAUAUAUUCUCUUCUAAAUAAAGAAGAGGACAUCAGUGUUGAAAAGGAGGAUAUAGUCAAAGGCAAUAUAAGAAAUGCACUCCAAAGACUAUCCAACCCAGAAAUCCAAGAGCAGAUGAGGAUAAAGGUGGACGAGAACGAAAAGGGAAACGUGAACUUUUACUCCACAUGCAUUGAAUCUGGGGCGCUUGAAUAUCUCAAACAACUCCAGGUAGAGCCAGAUGAGACUCUACCUGAAAAGGUAGAGAAAGAGGAAAUUAUUAGAGGAGAUAUAAAGGGGACAAAACUCAUUCUUGACAGUAAUCGAGCACAAAUUGAACGUACAGUAGACGAAGAGGACAUAGUGUGCGGAGAUGUUCACAACUCAGUCAAGGUUUUCAUGACUGAACCCACACACUCACUGGAUGGCCUACAGAAAGAGGAAAUAGUGAGGGGCGAUUUGAAAGCCGCUAUGAACUCGCUGUCUCAGUUUGUAAAUCAGACAGUGGUUGUAGAGAAAGAAGAGGUGGUAAGAGGUAACAUACACAAAGCCCGAAUGCACCUUGAGUUGGCUCAAACACGGCCCAAGGAGGUGGAAAAGCCAGAGAUUGUCCGCGGCAACAUCAAAGGGGCACUAAGGUCCCUAGAGAAAUCUGCAACCUCCAAAGUUGAAGUUGUCAUCGAAGAUUUAGUACCUGGAGACAUCAAAAGUACCUUAAAAUCCCUGGAGCAGGCAAAGCAAACAGUCAGGGCUAUCAAGAAGGAAGAAAUUGUAAAGGGUAACAUUCAUACAGCCAAGCAAUGUUUACAAGAGGCUUCUAAUGACAGGAGGACAUAUCAACAGGAAAUGUAUGUUCGGGGAAACGUGAGAGGCACUAUUGAGCUCUUAUUGGAACCACCAGCUUCUCCAAGAAUGACACGGAGACCCAGCUUCGAGGGUGAUGUGAAAAUGUCCAUUAAAUCACUCUACGAGACACAUGAGGUGCAAGAGGCAAGGGAGGAACAAACUCAACCAGAGAAAGAGGAGGUGAUAAAGGGUGAUGUUAAAGGCACAAUCAAAUCCUUGCUGGAAUCAGCCCAGCGUGCAGCUCCUAAAAUCAGAGUGGGAGCUAGAAGGGUCAAAGUUCCUGCGAGCUCUCCAUUGCGCUCACAGCAAGGAAGCCCUCUAUUACGUUCACAGCAAGGUAGCCAUGAAUGUUCUGUUGUAAACAAAACUGAGAGUGAGACACUUAAAAAUAGGUCUCAAAGCAUUGAAGCACAAAGAAAACUACGUGGAAAAAAUAUGGCUAAUUCAGUCAAAACAGAGAGCUCAACACCAGAGAAUCAAUCCCUCUCAACUCAAAACACAAUCAAUACAUCUGAAUCACAGACUACUCAAAAAUCAACUGAAGUUAUACAACACACAACCAUCACUCAAAACCAUGGUAUUAAAACAUUGGAGACUAAGUUCUGUAACCUCAAUUCAAGUAGAAAGGGUUUGAUCAGACUAGAUAAAACCAAAGUGAAAACAAAUGUUCUUACCCCAACACGGACAUUGUCUGAGUCUGAACUUUCUCUCCCUCCCCCACCUCCAUGUGAUGAUCAAUCAUCCCUAACCCCAGCUUCCUCUAUCAAUAGGCUGGACGUGGACCUUCCUCCUCCCCCAACUCCUCCUCCCCCACCACCUGUUGAGACUGAUAAUUUCCCUCCCCCACCAACACAGGAUUUCCUUCCACCCCCACCCUCACAGUAUGAACUGGACUCUAUGUCAUCCCAGACACCUCAUCAAUCACUAGCUAAAGCCACAAAAGUUACUGUCAAAAGGUGAAAG